AUGUUAGGCGUAAAGAUGUUCGGUGCGGUCGCGCUAUGUGGCCUUCUAGCCAUUGUAGACGUUUCGCAAGCAUUUAGAACAGUAUGCUAUUAUGAUGGCAAAGCUAUGUGGAGAAAAGAUGUGGUUAAAGUAGGCGCCGAGGAGCUAAAACCCGCCUUAAGUUAUUGUACGCAUUUAGUGUACGGUUACGCUGGUAUCGACGAUGACAAGUUUAAAGCGAAAUCGUUGGAUCCAAAGUUGGACUUGCCCGAGAGCAAAGAUGUUAAGGGUGGAAAGGGAAACUUUAAGUCCAUAACAGCUUUGAAGAAGAUUUACCCCAGUCUUACAAUACUGUUGUCAGUCGGUGGCAAUGCCGAUGUCGAAGAUCCUGACAAAUAUCUUACCGCUUUGGAGACGCCGAAAUCAAGAACACAGUUUGCGUCCACCAUUUCGGCGAUGGCUAAGGAGAACGGUUUCGACGGCAUAGAUUUGGCCUGGCAAUUCCCAGUAGUCACUGAAAAAAAGGAAAAAAACACGUGGGGUUCUUUUAUCCACAAAGUGGCUAAGACAGUGGGUAUCACUAGCAAGGACUCUAAGGAAGCUGAACACAAGGAACAGUUCACCGCACUGGUCCGCGAAGUCAAAGGAGUAUUGAACGCAAAUAAUUGUCCUUAUCUUUCGGUCAGCGUUCUUCCACACGUAAACUCUUCUGUGUAUUUCGAUUUCCCGGGGCUGCAAAAGUAUGUGGACCACUUCACGCUGUUGACAUACGACUUCCGGACUCCGGACCGAGUGCCCAAACUAGCCGAUCACGCGGCGCCCUUCAAGUUCGUGUACGCCGACCGCCUGGCUUGGCAGAACAUCGAAUCGCAGGUCAAUAAAGCUGUCGCCCUGAAAGCCGACCGCAGUAAGUUGGUGUUGGGUAUCUCUACUUAUGGCCGGACCUGGAAGAUGGACAAGGACAGUGGUAAGUCCGGCGCUGCACCCGUCACUGCCGACGGUCCCGGAGAAGAGGGCACCUAUACUAAGACAGAAGGUCUACUGGCCUACUACGAGAUUUGCCCUCACCUGGUCGAGAGCACUGCGGCCACCACAUCUCUCACCCUUUACAGACGUGUACCGGACCCGAGCAAAAAUCUCGGAACUUAUGCUUUCCGUUUGCCCAAAGACGACGUAAAAGGAAUUUGGAUCAGUUUCGAGGAACCAGAAACUGCCAAACAAAAAGCUACGUAUGUGAAGCAAAAUAAUUUGGGAGGUAUAGCUUUAAUGGAUCUGUCCUUGGACGAUGCCAGAGGUCUGUGCGACGCUAAUAAGUAUCCCAUUCUAAAAGCCGUAAAGAACGUAUUGUAA